GGCCCCUCCCUUCCAUCUCGAAUAUUCCAAAGGAAGAGGGCAAAACGCCUCAGGCACCUGCCUGAACUGCCCCAACCCUCCGCGCGAAGUGGAGUAGGAAGAUGGCAGCCAGGCAGUAUGCUGCAGCCCGACAUGGAAACGUUCAAGGCCCAGGUGGUGAGCACGCUGACAAAGCUGAGCCCGGAGGAGCUGAGGCGCUUUGGGAUCUACUUGAGGAACGUCGGGGAGGAGCCCCGAGUCUCCAGGCACGACCUGGAGAUGGCCACAAAGCCGGAGGAGCUGGCCGAUCUGCUCCUGAAGCGCUACGUUAUGACCGGGACCCCCCGGGUCCUUGUCCAGGUGCUUGGGCAGGUGCCCCGUAAAGACCUGGCCCUCGAGUGGGAAAGUAUGUCAAGGAUGAAUUUGAAGAGACCAUAUGAAGAUGACAGUUCUGAAUUGGAUCGCUAUAACAUGGACCGAACACGAAAGGCCUUUGUGAUGUGUGUGAAGACUGGCAGACCAGGGGCUAAACAGGAUAUAAGUAGAAUAAAAAACUGGCUUGAAAAGUGCAAGUUUGAAUAUACAUAUUGUGAUGAUCCUGAUGAAGAGGAGUUAUUUGAGAAACUAACACAGUUUCGAGAUGGAAUAAAUGGAAUAAAAGAAGAAGUUAGCUGCUGCCUUGUUACUCUUAUGGCCCAUGGAGGAAAAGGCCAUAUAAAAACAAAAUCUAAUGAAAGAGUCAACUUAUCAGACAUUUUUGAAAUGUUCAACAAUGAAAACUGCCCAGCACUUCAAGAGAAACCAAAGAUCUUUGUAAUCCAGGCCUGUAGAGGAGAUAAAAGAGAUGGUGGCGUUGUUCAAGCCGAUGAUGAACCAAUGGAACUGGAUCUUUCAGAGAAAAAGCGACUCCCCACAUCCAGUGAUUACUACAUCAUCUAUGCCACCCAAGAUGAUCAUGUUGCUUUCCGCCAUCCACGUGAUGGUUCUGUGAUGAUUCAAGCCAUAGAUGAAGUCUUUCGGCAACAUGGCAAGAAGUGGCAUAUUGCAGAUUUUUUUACUCAGGUGAACAAUCUAGUGGUGCACACGGACUUUUACAUAAAUAGGAACCCUGCAAAAGUAGUCCUUGUCAUGGAGUCUACUCUCACUAAAGCUGUAUACUUUUGACCCUCGGAGGAGGAGGAUCUUAAUUACAGAAUGACUUGCUUAUGCGUUUACACGGUGCCUCCCACUUUAUAAAACACUCACUGGAAUCUGCUGCCCAGCCUUCGAGGAUUGUGAGUGACAACAGGAUUUGCAGUACAGACAAACCCCUCCCCUAUUUUUAAAGUUUUUUUUUUAAUGCCAAAACAUGGACUUUCUGAUUGUUUUUUUUUGUUGUUGUUGUUAAAUAGUUGUCAUGUUUCCAAGUUAUUUUUUAAAAUAAUUACCUACUACUUGAAUUUUUCAUUUACUUUUAUUUUUAAAAAAUUCAAGCCAUUAUUUCCUCAGUCAUUUCAGUUUCUACCUGUUACAAGCCCAGGAACUCAUUGUCUAAUGAGAGAGAAUUAAAUAAAUCUGCGUGUUGUGUCUCUAUAUCUA